AUGGAAAGGGAUAUCAUCCCAAUUGUAGGCAUGGCUGGGCUUGGCAAGACAACUCUGGCCAAGGAAGUGUUCAAUAACCCUACUGUUACCAGCCACUUCUAUGUUCGUGCAUGGUGCUGCAUCUCUCAAGUAUAUAACAAGAGACAGUUACUACUUGAUAUCUUGAGCCAAAUCAGUGAGACCACUGACCAAAUCCAGAAAAAGGAUGCCGAAGAUGUGGCCCUAGAAUUGCGCAAAAGGCUAAAGAGGAGAAGAUAUCUCAUCGUCAUGGAUGAUUUGUGGGAUAUCGAAGCAUGGAACGACUUGAGAGAUUCAUUUCCCAAUGAUAACAAUGGAAGUAGAGUUUUGUUUACCAGCCGAUUGGAAGAUGUAGCUUUUGAAGCUAAGUCAGGUUGCAAACCUUACUUCCUUCAUCUACUUUCUAGCAUUCAAAGUUGGGAGUUAUUGGAAUUAAAGUUGUUUGGAAAGAAGGUUGUCCUCCAUCGCUGCAGGAAGUCGGGAUGGAAAUUGCACGGAAGUGUGACGGACUACCUCUGUCAGUUGUUGUGA